AGGAUCUGGAGAUUGUUGGGCGUUCGUCGCGCGGUGACGACGAUCGAUCUGCCGUAGCGACGGAUGCUCGAGCAGAGCGACCGCGUUACCGACCCAGCGAGUGCUCUGCAGACGUCAAACACGUGGUCCGCCGAGAGAGCGAGAUUUGUUUUGUUGUUUACGAGAGCGGAAUGUUGCUUUUCAGGACGAGAAUUUGUUGAGAGAGCUUUGAUGACUGUCAAUCAUGUCGCGAUUGAUCGUGAAGAAUUUACCCAAAAAUGUUACCGAGACUAAGCUCAAGGAGCUUUUCAGCGAAAAGGGUAUCGUCACGGAUGUGCAGCUCAAGUACACGGAGGAUCGCAAGUUCAGGAGGUUCGGUUUCGUUGGCUACAAGACAGAGGAUGAAGCCUCUGCUGCUCUGGACUUUUUCCACAAUAGCUGCAUCGACACUGCUAGAAUCACUGUAGAACGAUGUGCAGGACUUGGGGAUGCCUCUAAGCCAAAGUCAUGGAGCAAGUAUGCACCUGACAGCAAAUCAAGCGAGGCUAAAGAAGCCCCUACCAGUGAGCCUGCGGAGGAUGGCAAGAAAAAGAAAAAGUCUAAGAAGGGAAAGGAAGAAGAAGAAGUAGAUGACAAAAGUGGGAAGAAGAAUAAGAAGGACAAAGAGAAAGAGAACAACAAAGUCAAAGAGUUAUUAGAGAAGCACAAAGAUGAUCCGCUGUUUGAGGAGUUUCUUGAAAGUCACACCAAAGGAGAUAAAAAAAUCUGGAGUAAUAAUGCUUUGCUAGGUGAUGACAAUGAAGAGGACCCCCAUGAGGAUAAAGACAGCGAUGACGGUGGAAGUGGUUCAGAAGAUGAAUCAGAUUCUGAUGAAGGAGAAGCAAUAGCAAAGAAGAACAUAUCUGAUAAGGAGUACAUGGAAGCUUUGAAGAAAAAGUCACAGGGACUCAAAGUUAAAGACAUUAAAGAAAUCGACAAGAAAAAGGGAACAACUAAUUUCUUUACUGUGAAACUCAAUGGUCUGGCUUACAAUCACAAAAAGAAGGAUAUCAAAAUAUUUUUCAAGGGAAUGAAACCAAAGUCAAUAAGAGUACCACGGAAAAUCAAAGGCAUAGCCUAUGUGGGUUUUAAGACUGAAAAACUAAUGAAACAAGCUUUGAACAAGAAUAAAAGUUUCUUAGAUGGAAAACGCAUUUUUGUGACAAAAUAUGAAAAAUCAGAAAAAGAAGAAGAAAAACAGGACGAUAAAAAGGGUCCGAAUUUGAGGUGGAAGCAACAAGAAGAGGCUCUCAAGAGUGAAGAAAAUGUUGCUGAGUCUGGUAGAAUUUUCUUAAGGAAUCUGUCUUACACUGCAACCGAAGAUGAUAUUAGAAAAUUGUUUGAGACCUACGGUCCAUUGAGUGAGGUGAAUCUACCAAUAGAUAUGGUUACCAGAAAGCCCAAAGGAUUUGGCACAGUAACCUUCCUAAUGCCGGAACACGCUGUCAAAGCAUACUCAGAACUUGACGGAUCUGUGCUGAAUGGUAGAAUGCUUCAUCUUUUGCCGGCGAAAACUAAAACUUCACCGGAAGAUUUGCUUGCGCAAGAUGGCCUAAGCUUUAAGCAGAAGAAAGAGUUGAAAGCAAAGGCCGCUGCUGGAUCCUCACACAACUGGAAUACUCUAUUUUUGGGCCCAAACGCCGUUGCAGAUGCGAUAGCAAACGCUUACAAUACUACGAAGGAAAAUGUUCUUCAAGACGGCGAUAACGGAGCUAGCGUAGCUGUACGCUUAGCCUUAGGUGAAACGCAGUUGGUGCAGGAAACACAAAAAUUCUUGGAAGAAAACGGCGUGCACUUGAACGCAUUCAAUCAAGCACCAAAAGCCAGAUCAAAGACUGUAAUUCUUGUUAAAAAUUUACCCGCUGGAACUCAUAUACGAGAAAUCAGAGAAAUGUUCGCCAAGCACGGAGAGCUUGGUCGCGUGGUUUUGCCUCCAUCGGGAAUCACAGCUCUAGUCGAGUUUAUCGAGCCAUCGGAAGCGAGGAAAGCUUUUAUGAGGCUAGCGUACUCAAAAUUCAAACAUUUGCCUCUUUAUUUGGAGUGGGCACCAGAUGACAGUUUCACAUCUGCGCCACCUAAAUCUGCCAAGGGUAAAACAGAUACAGCUGACGAAAAAGUGCGGAAUAACACGAAAGGAAACGGAGCAGUCAAAGCUGAAGGAGGGACAGAUAAUAAAAAUGAAGCUAAAGAAAGCGACGACGAAGAAGACGAAGACGAACCAGAGCCCGACACGACUCUUUUUGUCAAGAAUUUGGACUUCCGUACGACAGAAGAACAACUUAGAAAGCACUUUUCUAAAUGCGGUAAACUGCAUUACGCAAGUGUCUCGACGAAAAAAGAUCCCAAAAAUCCCGGAAACAAAUUAUCGAUGGGUUACGGUUUUGUAAGAUACAAGUUCAAAUCAGAUUGCGAGAGAGCUUUGAAAGAAUUGCAAACCAGUAAUUUGGACGGGAAAACGCUCGAUCUCAAACGAUCAGAAAGAACAUUACAAACUGAUGUCAUAACUACUGCAAAGAAGACUUCGAAAAUUACGGAGCAGACGGGAACGAAAAUUCUCGUGAGGAACGUGCCUUUCCAAGCAAAUGCCGAUGAAGUUAAAGAGUUAUUCAAGGCGUUUGGAGAAAUUAAGAGCGUUAGGUUACCGAAGAAAAUGGUUGGAGAAGAAAAGCACAGAGGCUUUGGUUUCGUGGAAUUCUACACGAAAAAGGAAGCUAAGAGGGCUUUUAAAGCUUUGUGUCAAAGUACUCAUUUAUAUGGGCGUAGAUUAGUUUUGGAAUGGGCCCAGACAGAUGAAGGUGUUGAAGAUUUGAGAAAACGUACUGCGAAACACUUUCACGAAGAUAUAUCAGCAAAAAGAAGUAAAAAGUCUACAUUGGAUCCCGAAUCUAUAGGUUUAGAAGUUGAUCAGUCAAAUAAGUGAGAACUGUUCAUUGUCUGAAUAAGUUUGAAAAAAGACAAGGUGAUGCAAAUUUGUAAAUAAAAGAAUUUUUAUUUAUAUAGUAAUAUUGUAUUAUACGAGAUGAUUUGUAUUAACCAGAAAGUACACUGACGUUAUUUUUAAAUCGAUUAUAAUAAGUGUGACGGAUAAAAGGCGUAUUGGACUUGAAAAACAGAUUGUCACUAUAUAAGUGUAAAUAUAGAAGCAUGACGCUCUGUUA